CUCAUAGACGUCAAUCAAAAUGACAAUUACCGUUUCAGUUCAGAUAUAAUUUGAAAACUGCGUUUAUUGUUUUGUUUGUGUUUAUCCAUGUUUUUUCAGUUUGUCCCUGUUUUUCAAGUGUGAGAAAAAAAUGGCUCCUCGAGAAACGCCUAAAGCUACACCGAAAGUGCAACGCACCAUUGUAAAAACGGCAUCAAAACUACGAUCAACUCCAACUUCAACUGUUAAAAAGACCAUGUCAACGAAAAAGACAGGGGAUAAGAUACCCCUAAAAGUUAGUAACAUGACAGAAGUUAACAUAAGACAAAGGACCAGCACAGUCCCGAAGGUAUCCACUCCGAAACCAAAAGAGAACAAGUCAGUUCCUCUCCCAGGCAGCGUCGUGAAGAGUGCCAAGAAGGCGACCUGGAAACGGAGACCCAAACCGGCACAUUCCGGAGUUCCCGUUCCUGAGAAAAUGAAGAGGUUGUUCGAAAAACAGCUGCAAGAUGCAGAUUGUAGUCUUUGAGAAAUUUAUUGAUUUUAAAAUUCAAUGUACAGUAAUAGGGGCAGAUAAAACUCACCAAAUUCUUAUUUUUAUUUUCCUCAUUGAGGAUGCCAGCACAGUACAUGCAUGUUAAUCUGAGUGUACAAUUCACAUUUAUCAUCUGAUUACUUGAGACUUUGAAUAGAAAAUCUCUGAAGAGAUAAUCUUAUUUUUAAAAUGUCAAUUUAUUAUGACUUAAUUGAUAAACUCCUUUGCCUAAAAUAAUUAUUUCUGAGGUACUUAGUAAUUAUUUAUCAGGCUAAUUGUUAACAUAACCAAUUUCAUUGAGGAGCACAAAUAAAAUUUACUUAGUUUGAAGCUGAUCUAAAUGUACUAAGUUUCUUAGUAAUUGGUAGUCAGCCAGUAUUUCUAUUCCCUGCACUUUUCAAGGCUUUUUUCUAGGACUCAUCUCAAUUUGUCUUUCUUCAUAAUAUGAAGAAUUAAUAUAUUAUAUGAGUAGUAAUUACCCUGUGCCAUCAAAUUUGAUUGUAAGAUAAAGGCAGAAAAGUUGACAAUCCCAUUUCAAUACUAUAGUAGACUAUUAACAGUAAUACUUGAAUAUUUUUUGACAUAAGUUUUUUCUGAAAGAAGGACAUUACUUUCUUUUGAGAAUUUUUUCCCAUUUAUGUAAAGAGAAAAUAACAAUAAGCAAAGCGGGAUUUUGAGACCUAAUGAGUAAAAAAGCGAGAUUAUUUCGUAAAUCUCUGUCUCGAAAUAAUCUCGCUUUUAAUAAUUGAAAUAAUCGUAUAUUAAUAUCUAUAUGUUGUUUUCAUAUAAUUUGUUUCAUAAACACAAUAAAUACAUUUUAUUAAAUGUUUGGACACAAAAAAUCUGGACAAAGCUAUAUAUAGCCCUACCCUGUGCCCAUAAAUCGGGACGUCCCGCCAGAAUUGGGACGUCUGGCAACGCUGAGAGUAAUGUAUCUUAUCAAAGAAGAAUAUUUUUGAUGUGUUAUCCUAUCUGUCUCUCUUAUCCUCGCAUGUUUUUACUUUCACCCGGGGUCUACCUAAAAAAAACCUACAAACAUUGAAGAUUUUACAACCGGCCGCCUAACUGAUGUUAACCCUCUUUAGGAAUGCUAUUGUUUCCAAUUGUCCCUAAUCGCCUUGGUCGAUAUCUACAAGAUUAAUUUGAUACUUUAGUUGUAUUUAGCAUUUAUUAUAAUUUUAAUUAGAUUUUGCAUAACUAUAUUAUCAUGUAAUUAGCCGAUUAAAGAUUUUAUAAUAAUA